CACGCCACAAAUAUUUAUGUAGUUGUUUCCCUUUUUCUUUUCUUUAAUCAUUUUAUUGUAGUCGCUAAAUCCUCAUUUUUUCCUAGCCUUUUUGUGCGAUCAAGCUGGUCAGUGUUGACGUUUAACUACUGUUGAAACUCAAAUCCCUCGAAUUCCUUGGCAUCUUAACAUUUUGUUAAAGUUUUGAUGAUUUGUCAGCUUGUUUCUCAAGCCUAGGUUUAUGUGGGGAAAUGGAUGUUGAAUUGGUUACAGACGGAAUAUCAGAGGAUGAAAAUUUCGGUUUUGAUGAUGGAAGUGAGGAUUACUUAAAUUAUGAGGGAGAACGAUGUGGGAUUUGUAUGGAUGUUGUUAUUGACAGAGGUGUUCUUGAUUGCUGCCAGCAUUGGUUCUGUUUUGCAUGCAUUGACAAUUGGGCUACUAUCACGAGCCUUUGCCCUCUUUGCCAGAAUGAGUUUCAACUGAUAACAUGCGUACCUGUACAUGAUACUGUUGGCAGCAGUCAGACGGAUGAUGAAGCAGAUCAAAGAGACGAGGACUGGUUCGUCGAGGGGAAAACUAACACUCUUUCUUUUCCUUCAUACUAUAUUGAUGAAAAUGCAGUUGUCUGCUUGGAUGGAGAUGGCUGCAAAAUACGGAGUGGAUCAGUGGAAAUUGGAGAAGAUUCAGAUAUUGAUACAUCCAUUGCUUGUGAUUCCUGUGAUAAAUGGUACCAUGCUUUCUGUGUGGGGUUUGAUCCUGAAGGUACAUGUGAAGGCUCAUGGCUCUGUCCAGGGUGUACUGUUGCUAAAGGUCCACAGAGGUCAGAUAGGGCUUUGGUAUCAAGGAUAAACUUCCAAAACAGUAUGGAAAUUGCUGGUGGCGACUGUUUAGCUGUAGCAUCAUUUUCCGGAAGAGUAUCAGUGUCUGUUGCUGAUGACAGGGAGACUGCUGUGGUCAUCUCAUUGGUUGAAGGAAAUCAAAAGUAUCAGGAAUCAGAUGUGAAAUGUAGCAAGGACAUGGAUAACAAGUUGUUAUCUAGUUCUACCUCUAGUGCAUCGAAUGCUGAAGCAUUACCAGAAAAGAGGAACAGCCUCGACCCUGACUCAUGUCAACAAGAAACGGAAGAAUCUUUUUCUCCUGCCAAGCAGAAGAUAUCUGCUGAUGAUAUAGUUGAAAGAGCUCCGAUACAUUUAAACAACAAAAUGACUGAGUCUGGUUUAGGUCUUGAUCUUGAUAUGAAGAACAAUAACAUUUCUGAGGAUAAGGUGGCUGGAUCUUCAGAAGCAAAUAAUAGGCCUGAAGAUCUUUUACCAGCUGCGAAUGUGGUGCCCGAUGUAAUCAAACUUUUCUCCAUGAAAAGUAUGUUGUCGAAUGAGAAACAGACGACAAGUGGAACUGGUGCUAAAAGAAAGCUCGGAAAUCGCAGAAAUGCGGGUGGAGAAAUAGAGGCUAGUCUUGAGGCUAAAGUAUCGCGGAAGAAAAUCAAAGCUGAAAGAGACAGUCAUCCCAUUAGUCUGACAGAUCAAAAAGCUGCAUCUCUUGUGGAUGACUCUAAUACAACAUCUACACAAAGAUCUAUGAGGGAUAGCACAUAUAAAUGUUCAGUUGGCAAGGAAAAUGGUGCUCCUGAUAUAAUGGAUAUAGUUCAGGAGACAGACCGUAGAUCUCUAAAAGAAAGAGAAACUGCUGCUGGGUUGAGGCUCAAAAAGAUAAUGCGGAGAACUGGUGACAAUAAAGAUUCUUUGGUGCUAGUUCAAGAGCUUCGGAAGAAAAUCAGAGAUGCUGUUCGAAACAAAUCCUCUGAAGAGCUAGGACAGAAUCGUUUUGAUCCAAAACUUCUGGAUGCUUUCCGGGCUGCUUUGGCUGGAUCAGGGGCUGAAAAUAGGAAGCCUAGUCUAGAUAUAAAGGCAAAAAGGGCAUUGCUGCAAAAAGGAAAAGUACGUGAAAGCCUAACAAAAAAGAUAUAUGGAACUGGGGGAAAACGAAAGCGUGCUUGGACUCGUGAAUGCGAAGUUGAAUUUUGGAAACAUCGAUGCAUGAAAGGAUCAAAGCCUGAAAAGAUUCAGACAUUAAAGUCAGUUCUUGAUCUCCUGAGGGAUGAAACAGAUCACACGAAGAAAAUGCCUGGGGAUGACCAGGAGGCAAAGGGUACUUCUAUUCUUUCAAGAUUGUAUUUAGCCGACUCAUCUGUUUUCCCUAGGAAGAAUGAUAUUAAACCUGUCUCAGCUCUCAAAGCUGUUUCUACUCCUGAACAUAGGGGAGAGAGUGGUUCCCCUGAAAGAGCAUCUAAACCGCAGCCGAAUAACCAGUCUGACAUAAAUCAACAGAAGCCUAGUACUUUAUCCAAGGUGAUUGCUCUUUCUUUAGAGAGUAAAGACACUAAGAAUCAUCCCAAGGGCAUGAAACCUGAAGCUGCUUCCAGUGAUGCACAACUAAAGAGACAUCCCAAAGGUGCACCACGUACUCCUGCUAUUGGUGGCGUUAAGAUUCCUUUGUCGAAGGACACGGCAAGUAAACCUGACUCUGUAAAGGGCGAUAAAAGACAGUGGGCCUUAGAACUUUUGGCAAGAAAAACUGCAGCCUCAGGCAAGAGCAUGCAAGACAAAGAAGAGGACCAAUUAAUUCUCAAAGGACACUAUCCAUUAUUGGCUCAACUGCCAAAAGAUAUGCGUCCUAUUUUGGCUCCCAGUCGUCACAACAAAAUCCCUACAUCAGUCAGGCAGGCUCAACUCUAUCGCCUGGCGGAGCACUUCCUGAAGAAAGCAAAUCUAUCAAAGGUUUGCCAAAGUGCUGAAACAGAGUUGGCUGUAGCCGAUGCUGUUAAUAUUGAAAAAGACUUAGCUAACAGGUCAAAGAGCAAGCUCGUAUACCAGAAUCUAUGCUCACUAGAGCUGUCACGCAGAUCAGAAGACAUAAACUCCGACAGAGCUGAAGAAAUAAAUCAUUGCUCCAUUUCUGGAUGCCCCUCUGUGGAAGCAUCUGAAGAAGCUAGUAAUAGCUCCUUCGAUCUGGUAGUUAAUGAAGCCCUAAAAAAUGCAGGGCUCGUGUCCGAUUCCCCUCCAAGUAGUCCCAGUAAUCCGACAGAGGACAUUGAUAAUAAUGUUGGUUCCCCAGAAAAUAACGAUGAUGGACCUGACAAUGUAAUUGAAGUUGAUUCUCAUCCGGAUCUUGAUAUUUACGGUGAUUUUGAGUAUAGUUUGGAAGAUGACGACUUCCUUGGUGCGGGUGUUCUGAACACUUCGAAGCCAGAGUCUGAGCCACCAAAAAUCAAAUUGUUGUUUUCUUCCCUUAAACCUGAGAAACCAAACGGAAUUCUGGACUUUACAGAUCAUGAGAUGCAGAGAGAUGUUGAACCUUUAGCAGGCCCGUCUGAGCUGCACGAGUCUCAAAAUAAGACUAGUGCUGGAAGCUCAACUGUGGAUGAUAGAGUAGAUGGGUGUGGUGCACGAAAGUCUUCAGAUGAAGAUGAUGAGGAGCUUUCUCUUGCAGAAUGUGAAGAACUUUAUGGCCCUGAUAUAGAACCACUAAUCGGAAAGCAUCCGGAGACUGCUGCUGUAAUGCCAUUUGGACCGACGGUGAAUAAUGAUAUACAUGGGGAAAAUGAAGAUGAUAGAUCCAAUGGUGCUUAUAAGAGCUCUGGACAACCAAGUGAGAAUCAUACAAACAACUCAAAAGCUGCCAUGGAGGAAUCAAAUCUACCAUCAUCCGAUGCUGAGAAAAGAGAGAAUGCAGAUACUAAGGAGAAGACAUCAAAAUGUGACACCAAGCAAUCAGAUAACCAUAGUGUGGUCAUGAAAAAGGUGAAAGGCUACCUAGACAUGUAUAUAUAUUGGUUCUCUGUUCUCUGUUCUCUGAUCGAGUUUUUUCGAUUGCAGGUCGAAAUAUUCAUAAAGGAGCACAUAAGGCCACUUUGCAAGAGUGGUGUGAUCACUGUAGAACAAUACCGGUGGGCUGUGGGGAAGACGACUGAGAAAGUCAUGAAGUAUCACUCAAAGGAGAAGAACGCGAAUUUUCUCAUCAAGGAAGGUGAAAAGGUGAAGAAACUCGCGCAGCAGUAUGUGGAAGCUUCCCAGCAGAAAGCCCAAACUUAAAAACGAAUGCACAUCAAAAUGUGGUUGAAUGUAAAUCUUUCAAGGAAAUAGCACUCAAGUGUUUCUCUCUGUGGUUUGAGUGUUGGCUGCUGCUAUGCAUUGAAGCAGCUUCUGUGAGAUUGGAAAAAUAGUAACCUAACCUGGUGAAUUUGAGCUUUAUCCAACAUUGAUUUUUGGCAUGGUUUCAAUCAAACCAUGCAUAUUUUGUCUUCAA